GAAACGAGCAAGUUGUUUUUUUAACCAAAGUGUAACAGGUGACGGACGCUGAUGAAUAGUUAGUCAUGCUAACAUGCUAAGCUCCCUGGUGGAAAAUAGAUAUUAUAUGCGAUAUAAGGAGUCUGGCUGACGGAGAUCUGAAGGUAAAUAUUGAAUGUAGUAUUUAGUUUGCCAUGACACAAGGAAGUCAAUGACGUGGCCACCCCUUCAUAGCCAAAUGGUACAUCCAGCAUGGCAGGUGUCCACGUGAAGCCCAUCUGGAGACGCCCAGGAAGUCGGCCAUGAUGCCGAGCAGGCAAAUAGACGUCCACCGGGCCCUCGCGAUGGCGGGGACCUUCCACUUCCUGUACUCCUGCGCCAAAUCCUGCCUGCUCCCCUUCCUGACGCUGUAUUUCCGUCAGCUGGGUCUGAGUCCUGAGAUGACGGGCGUGGUCCUGGGCACCAAGCACCUCAUCACGCUGGUGUGGCGCCCCCUGGGCAGCCUGAUGGCCGCCUUGUACAACAAGAGGCGAGCGCUGGUCAACGGCUCCGUGGCGUGUUCAGCGGCGGCCGCUCUGGUUCUGCUUCUUCUCCCGCCUGUAGACCUGCACGCGUACAUCAGCACCUGCAAUGCGUCCAGUCCAGGAACUCCAUCGUCCAUGGAAUCCCAGCCGCCAAUCAAUUCCACGAUUCCUGCAACGACCCCAACCUCACAACGCCCUGGAAACGGCACGGCAGAUUCCAAGACCGGGCGCUCCGAUGCGCCUCAGACCACGAGCCUCACCUUGGGGAGGGGUGGGAGAUCUGAACCCAAACUGGAGGAGCACCACGAAGAAGAAGCUGAGUUCCUGGGCAGCCUGAAGGUGAUGGACACCCAACACCAACUCUUCUUCCUCGUCCUCAUCAGCGUGUCAGCGUGGGAGCUGGUGGCGGCCCCGCUGGCGUGGACGGCGGACGACGGCCUGUACGACUACCUCGACUCCGCCGACGCUUCCGACCGCUACGGUGGCUCCAGAGUGUGGCCUUUGGUCGGGGCCGCGUGCGGCGUCGGAGGGGCGGGGCUCCUGGUCAGCCAGUUGCAGUGUUUGGUCUUCGGCCAAGCGUCCAGGAGCGCCGUGCAUUUCUUCUGCUACGCCGGCUUGUCCGCGCUGGCCUUGCCGAUGGCGGCCGCCCUCCCCAUCGCCACGUGCAAGCCAAGCAAGGCCAGCCGGAUGUUUAAGGCUUGGCAACUGGUGCGCCGCUCCCAGCGGGCUCUGCUUUGUGCCGCCACCACCCUGCUGGUGGGCAUGGCGCUCUCCACCGUGGACAACUUCCUGUUGUGGCACAUGCACGAUCACAAAAGCACGGAGCUGCACAUGGGCGUGUGCCUCGGCGUCGCGCGCCUCUCGGAGGCCGCCUUCCCUCUGCUGGCCGCACGCCUGUCCCGACCGCUCAUCUCCGACCGGGUGCUUCUGCUGGCGGCGAGCACGCUGGGAUUCCAAUGCUUCUACUACUCCUUCCUCUGGGGGCCGUGGGCGGCGCUGCCGGCUCAGCCUUUCAGCGCUUUGAGCUGCGGGGCCUUCUGGUGGGCCGUCAGGGCGCAGGCGGACAACGUAGCCACGCCAGGAGUGGAGAGGAGCGUGAAGAGGGUCUACCGUGGACUCUUUCUUCACCUGGGGAAGGCGCUGGGGGGCUUCGCUGGAGGGUUUGCGGUCCGCUCGUGUGGGCUGCCGUGGCUCUUCAGGGGGGCGGCCGUGGUUCUGAUGGUGUGGUGCGUGUGCUUGCCUCUGCUCCAGUGGAACGCCCCCCGCCAGCAGAGGAUCAACUAUUCUCGCCUCUUGGCGGCGGAUGCAAGCGAGGCCAGCGACUCCGAAUCCGAGCGAGAGAGACACUUUGAUAAAGUUAUGCAAGACCUGGGCCCAAACAACAACUGUGGACGGGGACCAAACUGAUGAACUCCACAGUGGGACCUCCGCCGUGGGACCACGGCAAAGGAACAUCCUUUAGUCCCAGCUUGGCUUGCUGGUGCAGAUAAAAGUCUUUAUUACCAAAAGUCACAUGAUCAUGUUUGUGCCCUAAUCAUACUACUCGUCUAUUUCAGUCUUGCCAUCUUCACUCUCUUGGUUUGAGCGUUAUGUCAUGGCGGGGAUGCAUCAGCUGUUGGGAUGACUCAUCACUAAGCCCCCCCCCCGACAGCAGAACUUCCACCUUUACAUAGGUAGCCUUUCAUCCUCAAGCAGACACCCUGGCGGGGGCUUGCCGUGGGGGCCGACGAGGGCGAGUUCGGUAGCUCAGUUUGGAAUCCUGUCACUGAAAAGUAAACACAGGACGUGUGAACAAGGUAGGUUGAACAAAGGUGGAUGACCCCACCCUGGUCUGUGGAACUACUGGUUAGCUGGCCGUGAAAUAUCAUAUGAUAUGAUAUGAUAUGAUAUGAUAUGAUAUGAUAUGAUAUGAUAUAUGAUAUGAUACAGGACAUCCCCGCUAUCUGCAGGGAUUACUCUCCCAUACACCAAUUUGCCUAAGGGGGUGCUCUUUACACCCUUGCUCAACGUAAAACCAACAGUUUUUAGAAAGGGGAUAGAAACACGAAUAUUCAUGCAAAACUUCACCCGUUAGUCAUGCUGGGUAACUUCCUGUUGGGAAGUGUGCGCCAUUUGGUUUGAUGGACUCCUGUUGGUUGAUGCCUUGGGUUUGUUUUCCCACCAAUAAAGAAAUCAUCUUGCUUUCAAAAAUGCCAUCCAAUUGAACUCUUUCAUGCACGCAUUAUGAUUAACUGCUUCAGGAUUUUUGUGACACUU